AUGAACGUCUUCGAAGGAAUCGAAAAGAGAGUUAUAAUUAAGCUGAGGAAGGAAUGCUUUGAAAAGGAGAAAAAUAUUUCAUCCCUACUAGACAUCUCCAGAGAAUUAUGGGAGGAGAAACUCAAAUUUAUCGGGUGCAGCAUCGUGUCAGAAAUAGAAGAAGAUGUGCAAGCACCAGAAGAAGAAAGAUGCAGAGUGUACCUCCUCUCUGAAAGCUCCCUCUUUAUCUACAAAGAUAUGGUGUUUAUAAAAACUUGUGGAAAAACAAAAGUAUUAUUUUUCAUUCCCUUUUUGGUCGAUUUGUUAAUACUGAAAUUUACGAAUAAAUAUGCUUUGAAGACCGAUGGAAUAUACGACGAAAAUUUUCUUGCCAAAAAUGAUUUGACCGACGUUGUUGCUUUUAUUGGGGACCAUUUCGAAUACGCAUUCUUCACACAUAUGAAUUAUCAGAACAAAACGAAGGAUGGCUACUACGAGCAAGAGUACCCACACAAGUCCAUUGAGGAUGAAAAAAUAUUUUUCCAAUUUUUCUUCAAGAAUUUUCAGUUUGCCAACACCCCCCUGCCGCAUGGGAGAAAUCACUACAUCUUCUUUGCGCAGGUCAGUGAGGUACAGAGCAGUACUGCUAAUGGAUCUACGAACGCAGCAGUCCACUUCCCCUCAAGCGCUCAAAAGUUCUGCUCAGAAAUGCACUUAUUUGGAAUCAACAAAUACAGCGACAAGGCGAAGUUCCAUGAAGUGUAUUUGAAUAAGGACUCCUUAGACAUAUUUCUACCCAGAGGGGAAACACAAAAGGUUUAUGAAGAGCAUGAAAAAACGGACAUAUGCUGUAGCGAGAAUUCUUAUGAUUACGCAGAGUGCUCUUCGAAAAGUACAACGAACACGAGUACCAGGUACAAGGACACGGUGAGUCCAUUUAAACAUGUUGAGGAUAUGGGCUACUAUGGACAUAUGCGCAAAGAAGCGUUUUCCAACUUCCACUUGAAAAUCACCGACAUGGGUGACAAGAAUUUGAAUGAAGCCGUUAGUGAGGACACCGCGUCGUACAGAAAUGAGGAAUUCGCUCUGGGGGGCAGCAGUCACAACAGGGGAAGCAGCAUCACCAUUGCAAGCGCGAUGACAACCGUGACGGACGAUCAGAAGCUACUCCUCCCGCCAACCCUGAACGAGAACAAAUACGCGCAGGGCGAAUUGCACCCCUUGGAUGGAAGAAGUCGAGGAGAUGUUAAAGUUGAACAAAAGAGGGAAAGCAACCCCGGAAGCAACGGAUACAUAAACGAAUUUUACCUUCCAAAUGAAUCCAUGGCAAAGGACAAAGAGGUAAGAAGUGGACACGAUGUCUUCGCCACAUCAUCUCAGUGUAGCUCCAACGGCAGUAAUGUAAUUCACUUAAGGAAUGCCUAUUCCAGUUUGAACAAUUGUAGCGCCUUAGAUAACUGUCUCAAACUGGGCGGUACAGAACUAUCCUCCGCUGCCUCAUCACCGAGGAGUACCCGACACAUGAAACACGUGGACAGUGGAAAGCCCCAGGUGUGCGUAAAGAAAUUAGAUACAAAUUUGUAUGAAUGCUCACACGUACAAAAUAACAAGGAGAAAUUUCUAUACAACGAAUUUUAUUUUACGCCAUGUGGUUAUUCAUGCAAUGUCUCACACAAGAACAACUACUACUGUGUUCAUUACUCUCCGGAAGAUUUGGUGUCGUACGUCUCGAUUGAACUUUCAAGUACCUUGAGGAGCGACAGCUUUGUCAGAUUUAUGGCUAACCAACUCAGUUUUUACGGAGCAAAGGUGCUUUACGUGGUGAAUUAUCAUUACGAUUUUGAAGGAAGCGGUAUUGGAAAUCGUCUUGGAGGAGUAUCUUCCCCCACCUCAGAGGCCACAAUCCUACACAGAAAUAUGUGCAACAACAUUGUACUGAACAACGAACAAUAUUACGCUAUCCUUUGCAUGAAGGAACUCACAAUAGGAUUUCUCAAAAUACAGUAUUUUGUAUACGAGUUGAAAAGUGUUAGCGACGUUAGGGGAAUCAAUCUCUCUGUCCCAAGUGAAACAAGCAAGCAAAUUGGAAAUAACUUCGUUGUCACUCCUCUACCCAAUCACGCAAUAAAUGACAUGUACACAUAUAGCUACCUAUUCUGCAAGCACAACAGAGUGAUGGUGGUGGAUAUAGGUACAGAAUGUGAGGAUAACACUGGAUGCUUGGAGCCGAGCACCCCCUGCAGGAAUAGUGAAACCACCUCGUGUAGAAAUUUCUCAGAAGAUUCGCUCAUGAUGAACGAAGGGGGUUCAAACGAACGUGACGGAGACUGUAACGGAAGAAGGACGGCACUUAACUCCACACGCGGGUUGGACAGCACCGCGAACAAUGCAGACCAUGGAAAGGGCGCAUCCCCAACCGGCGCAGUACAAAUAACGCAAACGAAUGAAGAAGAGUGCCCAGAAGAAAAACAUAAAGAAGAAAUGAUAAACUACUAUCGCAAAAACAAAAUCGAAAUGUUCACGCUGAGUACAAUUCUAAAUGAAGACAUAGACACAUCAGUUGUAUGUAUAAAUUUACAAAAAAUACUUGCACAGUACAUUCGAUUUAAAAAAAACCUUCCAAGUGUAACUCCAUUCUAUUCUGUUAAAAGUAAUAAUGAUGAUGUAGUGCUUAAAUUCUUAUAUGGACUGAAUUGCAAUUUUGAUUGUGCAUCUGUUGGGGAAGUAAAAAAAUUAACAACGCUGCUUCCGGAUAUCGCCAGAGAAAGAAUCAUUUAUGCUAACACUAUAAAAAGUAUUAACUCGCUCAUAUUUGCAAGAAAUGAAAAUAUAAAUCUGUGUACAUUUGACAAUAUUGAAGAGUUGAAGAAAAUCCUCAAAUAUCAUCCCAAGUGUUCUCUACUACUGCGCAUCAACGUGGAUUUUAAAAAUUACAAAUCAUAUAUGUCUUCCAAGUAUGGAGCCAAUGAACACGAAUGGGAAAACAUACUCGCCUUUGGAAGAAAACAUAAUUUAAAUAUCGUAGGGGUCUCUUUUCAUGUUGGCAGCAAUACAAAGAAUCUCUUCGAUUAUUGUCAAGCCAUUAAAUUGUCUAGGGAUGUGUGGAACAUGAGUAAAAAAAUGGGAUACAAUUUUCAAAUUUUAAACCUCGGGGGAGGAUACCCAGAAGAAUUAGAAUACGACAAUGCUAAGAAAAAUGAAAAGAACAAAUAUUGCACCUUGAAUACAUCGGAGCUAAAGAAAGAUAUACAGAGCUUCCUUAAUGAAAAGUGCGUGAUGAAAACAAAGUAUAACUUUUACAACUUUGAGAAAAUUGCCCUUGCUAUUAAUAUGUCCAUCGAACACUAUUUUAAAGAUAUAAAGUCCAAACUCAGAAUCAUUUGUGAACCUGGAAGAUAUAUGGUUGCUGCUUCGUGCACUUUGGCUGUUAAGGUUAUUGGCAAGAGGCACCCCACGUUCCACCCAAUUAGACUCAGAGACAUGAAAGGAGUUGAUCCGCUUAAUUUUGCCAAGGGGGGCGCGCAACCAGAAGGGGGAGAUAGCGCAGAAGCGAACAAAGGCGAGGGAGACGUCGAUGAAGCGAUCACCGGUGAGGGGGUCAUCGGUGAGGGGUACAGCAAUCAUGUGAACAGCAGUGAAUGGGGAAAGACGACAAACCAAGUGCAGGAGGGGGUAAACGGAGGUGCCACGAAUGAGGGGGAAGGCUCGAACAACGCAGAAAAGGGUAAGAACGCGGAGGACCUGCUGCUCCUCAGCCACACCACCCUUACCUGCAACGACAAUUCCAAGUUAGGAAAUAUAACAAACAUAAAGAGAAAGGUGGUCAGCAUUAACGACAAUAGGUACAACUACUACUCUUACUACGUCAGCGAUAGCAUAUAUGGCUGCUUCAGUGGUAUUAUAUUUGACGAGUACAAUAGAGCCCCAGUGUAUGUAAUUCGGAACCAAGGAGAUAGCAAUAAUACUCCAUGUGAAGAUUUGGUAACUUCCCCUCUGUAUCUAGCAAACAUAUUUGGACAAUCCUGUGAUGGGUUAGAUAUGAUCACAUCCAUUACAUACCUACCAGAAUGCUAUAUUAACGACUGGGUCAUAUAUGAAUAUGCAGGAGCAUAUACAUUUGUUAGCUCUUCCAAGUUUAAUGGUUUCAAUAAAUGCCAGAAAGUGUAUAUUUUCCCGAAGAGCUCCUUUUCCUUUCUCAAGUGA